CUAGUCUUAUAAAUACUGAUGUAAUACGUAGCUUUAAUAUACAAGAAUACACAUUCUUUACAUGGUAUCAGAGCCUUGUAGAAUUCUUCUCUACAUUUAUUUUUUUUCUCCGUCUCCUCCUCAUGGAGAUCACACAAGCUACCACUCUUGUUCAACUCAACGCCCCAACGAACUUUCCCAUCAAAUUAUCUGCAACCAACUUUCCAGUAUGGCGCCGGCAAAUUGAAGCCACUCUCAUCGGGUUUGAUCUUCUUCCAUACAUCGAUGGUUCUCUUAUUGUUCCGUCUCAGUUCAACGAUGAUGCCAAGAAGGUUCCAAAUCCAUGCUAUUCCACGUGGUUCCGCCAGAAUCAGAUCCUUAUUAGCGCGUUUCUUGGGGGCUGCACCGAACCUGUUCAACCCCUUCUCUCGGCCGUUACCACCGCAAAGGAGGCCUGGGAUGUUCUUCUCACCAGUUAUGCAAAUGCCUCUCCCGGUCGUAUUCUUGCACUCAAAAGCAAACUCUCUCGUAAUCCCCGUGGCAACAGAUCCAUUCCGGCUUACUUGAAAGACAUGCAAGAGAUUGCCGGUGAUUUGGCAUUGGCGAAAAAUCCUGUUUCUGACACUGAUUUGCAGAUAUUUAUUCUCAAUCAGUUAGGAGAUGAUUACCGAUCUAUUAUCAGUGCACUCCGGGUACGUAAUACACCCACAUCCAUGCUUGAACUUUCAGAGAUUCUCACGGAUCAUGAACGUUUACUCAAAGAUUCUGAAGAUGAUGGACCCUCUUUUCUGCCUACCGCUAAUAUAACUCAACGUCAGCCUUCAUCUGGGUCUGUUUUAUCUGAUUUCCGCAAGCGAGAUCACCUCUCUGGGCAUCGCAGCAACUCCGGACACCGUCCGACUCAGUCCUCUUCUGGUAGUGUUUCUCCAGUCCCUGCGGCUGGCCGCUCACGUGCAGUUUGUCGUUUUUGUAACUUUUCAGGUCAUGUAGUCAAAGAUUGCCGCAAACUUGCCCGAUUUUUACGGGAUAAUCAAAUUCAUACACCGCCUGUUGUCAAUACUAUGACUCACAGUGAUCUCUCUGGAUCUUCUCAACCAUGGCUUUUUGACUCCGGAGCGUCUCAUCAUGCAGCUUCCGGAGUGGCUUCCUUGCAGGAGUUUUCAACUUAUGAUGGUCCUGAUGAAAUCCGCCUGGGAAACGGUACGUGUCUUCCUAUCACUCAUAUUGGUCAAACCACUGUUUCGACAUCUACCCGUCCUCUUUCUCUUAAUCAAGUCCUCUGUGUUCCUCACUUAAACAAAAAUCUUGUUUCGGUUUCUAAACUCUGUCAAACUAAUCAAGUUUCUGUGGAAUUUUUUCCUUCUUAUUUUGUUGUGAAGGACCAGAAAACCGGCACUCACAUCAUGAGGGGUAGAAAUGUCAACGGUGUUUAUUAUGCUCCCACCACUGUUGGUUCACCUACAAUCAAUGCUACCAGUUUGUCUUCCGUGUCUCAUCUUCAUCAUAGCCUGGGACACCCAUCAAAUAAGAUUCUAGUUACUCUAUUGAAUAAAUGUGACAUGAAUGUAUCCUCCAAGGCCAUUCGUGACUUUACUUGUACUUCUUGUCAUAUCAAUAAAAGUCAUAAAUUACCUUUUGCAGUUAAUUCUCUUACUAGUUCUCGUCCACUAGAUCUAGUUUACACCGAUGUUUGGAGUACAAAACAAAUGUCUUGUGAUGGUUACUACUAUUAUGUUAUAUUUGUUGAUCAUUUCACAAAAUAUAGCUGGUUGUAUCCUCUAAAAAAGAAAUCUGAGGUCUCCACUAUUUUCCCUCAAUUCAAACGUCUAGUUGAACAUAAACUCAAUCAGAAAAUUGUCACUAUUUUUUCUGACAAUGGUGGUGAAUUUAUCAAAUUAUUGCCCAUGCUUAAUUUAUCUGGCAUUUCUCAUCUCACCACCCCACCUCACACUCCCGAACAUAACGGGACUGCUGAGCGUCGACACAGACAUAUUGUUGAGACCGGUUUAUCCCUUUUAC